GCAGGAUAUUGCAACCUUACCAGAACCCGACCUUUAUCCACAAACAAAAUCCAACGAUUGAAAGGUUUCCCAAACCAGAAUCGUUAUCUUUUUCUUUUCUUUUCUUUUUUUUUUUUUCCCUGUAGGAAAAAGUUCGGUUGGUUGGAUUUGGUUCCGAGUUCGACAGUGAACUUUGCCCGGUCCAAUCUCCGGAAAUGCCUUCCCAUCUUCACAAGCAAAGCUAUCCUCAAAUCCCAUCCUUGAUAAAAAAAAACACCUAAGAUCCUCAAUCCUCAACAUCCAUAAUCAACUCUACUCCUCUUCUCUUCUUUCACUUUUAGUUGACGUAAAUCCAAAAUCCAAUCGCAUGUCUAAACAGACCUACAGAGUAUGCUUUUGUUGCCGGCGAAGGUUCAAGCUGGCUUCUGCAGAGGCCCCGGCUGAAAUCAAGUCCAUAUUCGACCGCUACUCCGAAAACGGGACCAUAAGCGUUGAUAACCUCCAUCGUUUCUUGGUUGAAGUUCAAAAGCAAGAGAAUGCCACGGUGGAGGAUGCUGGAGCCAUCAUAAAUAGCCUUCAUGAGCCUAAACACCUCAACAUUUUCCAUCGCAGCGGUCUUAAUCUUGAGCAAUUUUUCAAGUAUCUUUUUGGAGAUAUUAAUCCUCCUAUUGAUCCUCGUCGCGGGGUUCAUCAUGAUAUGCAUGAUCCAUUGUCUCAUUACUAUAUAUAUACCGGGCAUAAUUCUUAUUUGACUGGGAAUCAGCUAAGUAGUGACUGCAGCGAUGUCCCUAUAAUAAAUGCACUCCAGAAUGGUGUGAGAGUAAUCGAAUUGGAUAUAUGGCCUAAUUCCACAAAAGAUGAUGUUGAUGUCCUGCAUGGAAGGACGCUGACAACUCCUGUGCAACUCAUCAAAUGCUUGAGGUCUAUUAAAGAGCAUGCAUUCUCUGCAUCCGAGUAUCCUGUUGUUAUCACACUUGAAGACCAUCUUCCUCGGCAUCUUCAAGCUAAAGUAGCUGAGAUGAUUAAUGAAACAUUUGGAGAUAUGCUGUUCGUACCUGGAUCAGACGGUCUAAGAGAGUUUCCCUCGCCAGAAUCCUUGAAAAGAAAGGUUAUGAUAUCAACUAAACCACCUAAGGAGUACUUAGAGGCAAAAGACCUUAGUGGAGAACAGAAUGAAGUGAAGGAAGGAAAACAAUCAGCUGAAGCAGAACCUUGGGGAAGAGAAAUCUCAAUUAAUAAAUCUAGGACCAAUGAUGAGGAUGAUCUCAAUGAAGAGGAAGCUCAUGAGGACGAUGACGAUGAUGAAGUAGAUCGCAAGUCUCAGCAAAUUGCAGUCCCAGAAUAUAAACGUUUGAUUGCAAUCCAUGCUGGAAAGGGAAAGGGUGGACUGGAUGAUUGGCUGAGGCUCGAUCCUAACAAAGUGAGACGCCUUAGUUUAAGUGAGCUAGAACUUGAGAAGGCUGCUGUAACUCAUGCAAAAGAAAUUAUAAGUUUUACUCAGAGGAACUUGUUGAGAGUAUACCCAAAGGGAAUACGUUUUGACUCAUCUAAUUACAAUCCCCUCAUUGGAUGGAUGCAUGGGGCACAGAUGGUCGCACUAAACAUGCAGGGUUAUGGAAGAUCACUCUGGGUGAUGCGUGGAAUGUUCAGGGCCAAUGGUGGCUGUGGAUAUGUUAGAAAACCAGAUAUCUUAUUGAAGACUGGUAAUGAGAUUUUUGACCCUAAAGCCAAAUUACCAGUUAAAACUACACUGAAGGUGAAAAAUUUAACCUUGUUGAUCAUUUUCAGGACGCUGACCACUCCAGUGCCACUCAUUAAAUGCUUGAAGUCUAUUAGGGAGCAUGCUUUUGUCAAAUCUCCCUACCCUGUAAUAAUUACUUUGGAGGAUCACCUCACUCCGGACCUUCAGGCUAAAGUUGCAGAGAUGGUAAUUCAAAUUUUUGGAGAAAUGCUGUAUUACCCGGAGUCGGGAUGCUUAGAAGAAUUUCCCUCUCCGGAAGCAUUGAAGCAUCGAAUAAUUCUUUCAACCAAACCACCAAAAGAGUACCUUGAAAUAAAGAAUCAGAAAGAAGGAACUUCUUCACCUGCGGAAAAGGAUUCUUCUGAAGAUGAUUUUUUUAUGAAGGAUACGUUGGAGGGCGACCCAAAGUACGAUAGUGAUCCAGAUGAUGAAGAUGGAGACAUCCAAAACCAAAAAUCAUCCCAACUAGCAGCACCGGAGUACAAGCGUCUCAUUGCUAUUCAUGCUGGGAAGGCAAAACAGGGGUUGAGGCACGCAUUAGUAACUGGGCUGGACAAAGUUAAGCGUCUUAGUUUGACUGAACAAGACCUUGAAAGGGCUGCAUCUUUAUAUGGAACUGAUGUUGUGAGGUUUACACAGAAGAAUAUUCUGAGGGUGUUUCCAAAGGGAACAAGAGUAACCUCGUCCAAUUUUCACCCUUUAGUUGGCUGGACGCAUGGAGCUCAAAUGCUUGCAUUCAAUAUGCAGGGGUAUGGAAAAUCACUUUGGUUGAUGCAUGGGUUGUUCGGAUCUAAUGGAGGUUGCGGUUACGUUAAGAAGCCUGACUUUCUCAUGAAAAGGGGACCGCGGAAUGAGCUAUUUGAUCCUAAAGUAAAAUUGCCAGUUAAGAAAACUUUAAAGGUAAGCGUGUAUUUGGGAGAUGGAUGGCGAUUAGAUUUCAGUCACACACAUUUUGAUUCAUAUUCACCGCCAGACUUCUACACAAAGGUUCAGAUGGUAGGAGUGCCUGCAGAUGAGGCCAAGAAAAAGACGAGGAUAAUAGAGGAUGACUGGGGACCGAUAUGGGAUGAGGAUUUCACAUUCCCAUUGACAGUUCCUGAGUUAGCUUUGCUUCGGAUUGAAAUCCGUGAGCAUGACAUGUCGGAGAAGGAUGAUUUUGGGGGACAGACAUGCUUGCCUGUUUCGGAGUUGAGACCGGGGAUCCGAGCAGUUCCAAUUUACGAUAAGAAAGGAGAGAAACUUAGAUCUGUAAGGCUUCUGAUGCGGUUCCAGUUUAUAUGAACCCUACUGCAUCCUUCAAGCCCGCCCGCGACGCGCUUCUUUUCCAUCCUUAAUGUUGUAGUAGAGUUGGAUUUGCGCGACCAGAUCGUUUGUACAGAGGAGUGCUGCAAU